UAGUUGUAAUUGAAUACGGUACCUCAGAGCACUGACUGAGUGGCCAUACCAGAUGUCUAGCUGGUCUGCUCGCGAAAAUGGCAAAACAGCGUGAAAGAUGCACAAGCUGCUCGGUCGCUAUCGGUGCCGUAAAAUGGCUUUUGUUGCUAGGGCGGCGGGAAAGCAGCAAAAAAUCCAUUCCUAUGGUCUCCUGUUAAUAUAGCCAUGGAAGGGAACAUGCUCAAAAGGGAUGAGCAACAAUUCCAGAUAAAUGAAGAGCUGGAAUUAAGAACGAGACUGCUGAUGAAAGAGGCAGAAUGCAUUCUGAAGGAAACUCCUGGACAACUCAAGAAGGACAACGCUCAACUGUCGGAUAUUGCUUCUAAAAUAUAUAUACCGAUCACUGUCGGAGUUGAAAAUAACGACCUUCCCAAAAAAAGCGCUGAGAAACCUCUAACUUCGCAUAACGAUUUCCAUUCAGAACCAGAGUUGAGGUUCCUUCGAGCCAAAGUAAAUAUCCUGGCAGCUGAGAUCGAAAAGCUUAAAGACGAUGGGAUAAAAAAGGUCGAUGAGCUGAAGUUGAUGGACUCAAAUUUGCAAUCGCUGAAAGAGGAGCGGAACAAAGCAACGCAACAACUGUCGGUGGCCGAAAAUAAAGUGGCGAGAGCGCAAAAUGCGCUCUCUGAACAAUCCAACAGCAUGAAAAUGCUUGAGUCGAUUAAAACCAAACUGACACACGAUUUAGCAGCGGCCAAGAAAGAGGCGAAAUUGUCCUCUCAGCACGCUACGACGAUGGAGCUAAGAAUGAAUAGAGCGCUGGAAGAAGUUGAAAAUUUGAAAACAGCAUUACAUAUGAGAAGAGGACAGGAUAAGGAGGAGCAGGAAAUGCAGAGAAAAACGCUGGAGAGCCAAACUGCAAUGAUCCAGAAACUGGAACGGCAGCAGGCAGAAUUAGUCAUGGCUUUCCGCAGACAACUUGUGCUUUGCCAUAACCUGCAAAGGCAGAAGGAGCUUCUGGCCGCCACUGCGGCACUGAACAUUGCGGACUCAAAAUUUACCGACAUGCUGCAAGGCACACGGAGCAAUCAGUAAUUAAACUUCAGUCGAUUCUAUUUACAAUUAAAUUUAUUCGAUUUGUGAAAAUCAUUGUUUGGGGGAAAGAUUUGAUUUUUAAAAUUGCAAGGACACCGCAAAACAAAAAAAUAAGUGCAUUGACAAUUAACAAAUAAAUCGAAAAGAAAUACGUUUUUUUUUAAUUUGUAUCACCCUGACCUCUGCAAUUAUGACUUUUUUUUAGACAAACCUUUUGUUCUCCUGGGCAUAACAUUAAUCUGUCCCGAGUUUCGCUAAACUAGAUGAGAUUAAGUGGGUAAAAACUAUAGGCGCACAUGUACGUUUAAGGCAAGAUAUAAAUUAGCUUUAGAGGCUGC